AUGAUUCACCAUGAGACGCGUGAGAUGCUCUUCACUCUCUUCAAGAAACCAAGAGAGACGGUGGAGGUGAUUGUUGAUAGCUUGAUGCCCGCAGCCAUGGUAUAUAACUACACUUGGCAGGAGGUGAAGCAUCUCCUCAGACCGUGCUUUCAAGAGAUGGGAAGUAAUGGUGGCAAGCUACACUUCGCGCACUUGCAGAAGAUUGUCCUCCAAAAUCAGCGAGCGCGCUUACAGGCGCUCUUGAAGGACAAGAAUUCCGCAUACAAGGAACGUGGACCGAAAAAUCCUUUUCAGUCCAAGCCGCAACAUGCUCUUCUUGCGCCUAUUGCCAAGAAGCAGCUGAAUUCUCAGGAGGAGCAACAUUGGAGAAGAACAAGGCUGCAAAGAUUCUGCACGGUUCUGGCCGAAAUGGAGGAUCAAAACUUGCAGCAGCAACUGGUGUCUAAUGUCAUCCUUUGCCGAAAUCCAGGCGAUGUGGAAGACAGGUGGGACCGCUACUGUGCACUCCGACGAGUUGGCAAGGCCACCUAUGUCAAGGCCCGGAAUCAACCACAUAGUGGCUUUGCUUCCAUGGAUGAUGGCCUUUCUGACAAGAACCCAGGUCUGACUUUCCUGCACAUCACAAGCUGUCCAACAGACUACUGCCAGUGGAACACCUUCACGCUCCUAUGCGAAGAUAGGUCUCCUGACAUUGCCACCGUGUACUGGAGGGACACCAGCACAGGUGCCACCGUUACAGAAAAGGCCACAGAGAUUAUCCAGCGAACGGAGCCGGCGGCGGCUUACUUUCCCAUGAGCUUUGCCAAUUUCCGCAAGAGUGCGGAUGGCUUCAGAAUUCAGGGUGUCUUGAUCGAGAACAUCACCCAGCCGGAAGCGCUCUUCCUCCAGCUUGACAAGGACAUUGAUGGCAUGCUCAGUGCAGCGGAGUUUGGUCGGAUUGGGGAAGUUUUCCAAGCGCUUAGCAAUGCAGUGUCCGAAAUGCGGACCGCCCAGGUGGCAGCUCGAAGGUUGCAAGAGAGUGUCCCAAAGCAGCAAGUGACACCUGAGGUUUGCAAUGCUCGCAACCCCCGGCAGUACUACUGCAGCUUCGAUGCUGACUGCAAGGAAGACUGCAAGGCCUGUGGCUGGAAAUCUGCAACUGAUCGGGCCUUCUCGAUUUGCGUGCAGCCAUCCCCUGAGGUUUGCUAUGCAGAUGGUGGUCAGGUGUUCUGCCCUUCAGAUGAACAAUGUCAUCCACCUGGUGAUUGCCAAAACUGCGUGGAUAGGACUGUUGUUGACCACGCGCAGCACAUCUGUCUAGCUCUUUGGUGGGAUCCCGCACCACUGACUGAGUGGACCAACUGGGUCUGCCGCUGGCGGAACAAGGUGGGAAUGCCUUGCACCUUUGAUCAGGAUUGCAUUUACGGAAUGAGAAGAUGCCUUAGCGGAGCCUGUAUGCCCUUCCAACCGUACAAUGCCAAUCAGACCUGCGAAAGCGAUUACGAUUGCCCACAUCUGGGGUUUUAUUGUCCAUCAGACCCAACUGGUGGGCAAAAUCCCUACUGGGUUCAAUAUUGCCGAGCGCAGCGCAGCGAAGGGAUGACUUGUGCGGAAGACCGCGAAUGCGAGCCUGGUCUUCGUUGCAACGUGGGUGAGCCGCAGCCACGCUGCCGAAAGCUUUUCUCGCUGAAGAUAGGUGCUUUGGCAGCUGAAGACGUUUUCUGUGAGUUUGGUUGGCGUGACCGGGAUGGCAAAUGUGCUCCGCCAGCGCAGUCCAAGCAGGCAGGCAGAAGCUGCGACACGGACUUGGAUUGUGAGACCACGGAUGAAACGGGGCGGACUGGAAGCUGCACUUGCAAGGCUUGGUGGGACAAAGAUGACCCGAAGUAUUGCAAGCCAGUGUCUGGCGACUUUGCGAAGCAUCAAGAAGCUCUGAGAGAUUACCUCUGGUUCAGGGCUUCGAGAUGUGGGACCUUUUGGACAGAGGCGGAGUGCCUCCGCAUCUUCGGCAACGAGGCCACCACUGGGCAGCCGGGGGCGUUUGACCAGUAG